AUGGCUGAUCCUCUGGUUGCUAGGUGCCUUUACUCUGGCAAAGGUUAUAUGACUUUGAAUCAAUGUAUGAGCUACUCUGAGUUGUAUGAAGACAUUUUCCGUACAUUCCAGUUUUUGCCAAGUGAUGUUAUUGAGCUUCAGUAUUUAGUUCCUGGUUGUGAAGUUUGUUUUCUUCGUAACGAUCGUGAUUUCCAUAUGCUGUUUUGCUCUGCUAGAAUACAUAGGUUAGAGUGUGUUGAUAUUUUAGUUUUAAAGAUUGGGGGAAGUUGCAGCAGAACUUGGUCAGUCGAUAGUUGUUCGGAAAUUAUUGAUGAAGAUGAUUAUUUGGGUGAUGCAUUCAGGACUAAAGUUCACAAGACGUAUUUGUCUGAUGAGUGGAGUUCUUAUAUUCAUCAUGUUGGGGAGAAGUUUCAUGGUGCUGUCGAUCUCCGUGGGAAGCUCAGGAAGUAUACAAUUGCAGUUGGUUUCGAGUUUGUAUUCCUGAGAAAUGAUUUGGACCGUAUUCAUGCAGUCUAUGCAAUUGUUGGAACUGAAGGUUGUGAUUGGCAUCUUCGCUCUCUUUCAUCAUCUGCCAAUGGUUUCCUUUAUAUAAUAGAGUUGAAUAAUAUUCACACUUGCAAGGGUGUAGUUAGGACUCAAAAACACAAGCUUUUGGGAUCCAAGGUUGUUAAGACUUGCAUUGCUGCUGAUGUUAGCUAUAAUCUUUCAUUGAAGCCAAGGGAGAUUAUGAGCAAGUUCAAACCAACAUAUGAGUUUGAUAUUUCCUACAAGGUUGCCUUGAAAGCAAAGCAUAGGGCUAAGGAAGCGAUUUAUGGUUCCGAUGUAGAUUCGUUCAGCAAGUUAUCUUGGUAUAAGGAAGCUGUUUUGGAGAGUAACCCGGGCUCUACUUUUGUGUUGGAAGUUGACCCAUCUACUAAUCGUUUUCAGAGGCUGUUCGUAGCUUACGGAGGUUGUGUUGAAGGCUUCCAAUUCUGUUUGCCUGUGUUGUAUGUUGAUGGAACGUUUGGUAAAAGCAUUUACAAGGGUCAGUUUCUUUCUGCAACUGGAAGGAAUGGAAAUCAAGGUUUCUACCCUCUAGCUAUAUGUUUUUGUGAUUCUGAGACAGAUGCAAAUUGGACAUUCUUUUUCAAGCAUUUGAAGAGUUUGCUUGGACCUCAAGGAAGAGUCAUCACAUUUAUUAGUGAUCGGGGUACUGGGUUGUUGAGUGCUUUCCAUAAGGUAUUUGCUGGUAAUCCUCAUCUGUUUUGUUACAAGCAUUUGGCGGCGAACCUUGCCAGUAAAUAUAGGGGUAAAGGUAAUUCUGUCUUGAUAGAAGAUGUUAAGCAGAAGUUUUUUAAGGUUGCAUAUUCCUCUACUGAGAAGGAAUACUGUUUCAAUUUACAGUUGCUUAGAGCAGCUGGUGGUGCCGAUAUUAUUGACCCUUUUCUUGCUGAAAUCCAUGUGGAAAAUUGGUGCCGUGCAUUUUAUACUAGAUGCCGUUAUGGAAUUAUGGCUAAUGGGAUUGCUGAAUCAUUUAACUCUUGGAUUGCAAUUGAGCGUUUGAUGCCAGUUUAUUGUAUGUUGGAUUAG